GCAGCCACCCCGCCCCAUGGCUCCGGAGCCCCCUAUCACAGUGGUGCGGCUCCACCCUGUAGAGCUUGGUCCGAUCCAGGUGGUCCCUAUCGAGGCUCAGGUCAUGGUUGACAGGCAGGUUCAAUACCCGGUCCAAGACACCACACAGCAAGGUGCACCUGUCCAGGCACCAGUCAACAGUCAACAGUACCAGGCUCCACCAACACAACUCCAAGAGAGUGUGGCACCCCCUCCCUCAUAUGGUUCAGUCAUGGCCAGACCUCCAUCACCUAGUUUUGGUGUUAUGAACAGCUCUGCCCCUCAAGUCUCGCAUGGUGUUGUCCAGAGCCCACCUUCCUCUGUGUCUUACGAGACAGUCCCUCGUGCUUCGGCACCCACGUCUUACUCCACCGUGCAGCAGGUCUCACCCCCGCUGUCCUAUGGAACAGUCCAGGGCACUCCGCAGCGGGCAGUGAUGACCAGCCCCGGCCAGACGUCAUCUACCAUUACUCAGCAGAGGAUUGAGGUGCGAGAGAUCACCCACACCGAGAGCAUGCCUGUAUCGCACACCCCUCAGCAACCGCAACAGCAACAGCCACAACUUCAGCCCCAGCAGCAGCAACAGCAGCAACAAGAACCACUAAUCCAGCAGCUGUCUCAGCAACAGGUUCAACAGGACGUACCAUCACAACCAGAACAAGCACCGGUGUCGCCCGUCGAGCAGCCAUCGCCAACACCCAACGAGCGCCUGCUCAACCAGCCUAAACCACCGGUGCAGUACCCGACGUUCAGCGAUAGACACCGUAAAGCUGCUAAGGGUCCUGCUGAUGACUCGCUACCUAACGGUGGUGCAGGAUACAGGACCAUCUAUGACAACAAGAGACAGAGGUCUUCACUUGGCAAUGAGGGACAAUUGCCGAGCCCUGGCGGACUAUCGGGAAAGGGCGGCCUCAACGGCAGCGUAACGCCACCAACACUCAGCGGGAGAAGCACACCCUCAAAUUUCUACUACACGCAAAAGUUAUCACCCUAUGGCAGUUCAAGUUCAUUAGCUGAUCCCAGCGUAGAACAUGUUCGCUUUGUCAAGGAUCUCUCAGCCUGGUGGUACAAGCCUAGCAUAACAAGGGACGAUGCAAUCAAUAUUUUGAAGGACAGACCUCCUGGAACUUUUAUCGUAAGAGACAGCAAUUCCUUCCCAGGGGCAUUUGGUUUAGCACUGAAAGUAGCACAGGUACCAGCGAACACGACACCAAGAAAAGGUGGCGAUCCACAGAGUGAAUUGGUGAGGCAUUUCUUGAUCGAGCCCAACGCCAGAGGGGUGCGACUGAAGGGAUGUGUCAAUGAGCCCGUCUUCAGUAGCUUAUCGGCACUCAUCUACCAGCACACCCUGACUCAGUUGGCCUUACCCAUCAAGCUCGUCCUACCAGAUAUGGGUGAUAAAAACUCUUCGGCAUCUCUUGAUUAUUCAACAGGCGCUGAUGCCACUGACUCCACUCUGGAUCCCAAGUCAGCAGCAUCGUUAUUACAUCAGGGAGCAGCAUGCAAAGUGCUGUACAUUGACAGUGUGGACAUGGAAUCGUUGACUGGAUCAGAAUCUGUACGGGAAGGCUUGACUAAGACGUUGAGUGCCAAGAAGAAACCUGAGCCUGUCGUCGUCCACUUCAAGGUGUCUUCAAAGGGCAUCACACUCACAGAUACACAGAGAAAGUUAUUCUUCAGAAAGCACUACCCUGUCAAGUCUAUCCUGUUCUGUGGAAUGGACCCACUUGCAAGAAAAUACCCAAGGAGAGAAGGGCAAGAAGUUGCUGAAGCAAAAAUCUUUGGAUUCGUUGCCCGCAAACCAGGCAGCCUGACAGACAACCAGUGCCAUCUCUUCGCUGAUUGGGAGGUCGAACAACCCGCCUCUGCCAUCGUCAGCUUCGUUACCAAGGUGAUGCUAGGCUCCUCCUCCAAAACAUCGGUCAAGACGCCCUGAGCAGACGAGGAGGAGAGGGGCCGGCGCAAAGAGGAAGACUUCCUGCAUGGAGA